GCAUUAUGACAGGUUGCAGACUGCCCCUUUGCACUUUUAGAAAUCUAAAUGCUUGGCUUGGGCUCUUGGAGUAUUCACCUUAUAAACUCUGUGCACCUUGGAAGAGAUGUCUUUACUCUACAAGCUACCAGCCAGUUACAGCAAUCAUCCCAAAACAUUUAUUUGUUUCUUCCAUAAAAUGCCAUGCAUUUUUGAUACCAUUGCCCAAAUGUACACCAAGAAUGUCUAUACGACUCAAAAGUGACAAAAACUCUCGGAAGAAUAUGAAACAAACUGUACAAGAGGAAGAGGAGGAUGAGGAGGAAGAUGAAGAUGAAGAGAGAAGUGAUUCAGAGGAUGAGUUUGAAGACGAUGCCACCAUACUGAAGGACUACAAAGAUCUUGAGAAAGUAGUCAGGUCAUUUAGAUUUGAUGUAAUCAUGAAAACUGGUCUAGAUAUUGCAAGAAACAAAGUGGAAGAUGCAUUCUACAAUGGUGAAUUGAGACUAAAUGGAGAAAAGCUAUGGAAGAAAAGCAGAUCGGUAAAAGUUGGUGAUACACUAGACCUCAUAAUUGGAGAGGACAAAGAAACAGAAACUGCUGUAGUUAUGAGAGUUGUCUUAAGGAAAGCCUCGGAAAAGAAUGAUGAUGAAAAAUACAAAGUGAUAUUGAGGCGCUGGCGAAACUUAAAGGUGCCCAAGCAGGAUGUAUUUAAAUGAACUAGGAUUUGCAUGGGGAAAAAGUUUCUGAACAACU